GUGAUUGAGACCCUAUUCAAACGGACAUAAAUACACACCCCCCACUAAAUCCAUAAUCAACCCAGUGCAUGAAGAUGCUGAAUCUCCUUACCAUAUCUUUUUCCGCCGUCGUCCUUAUUGCAGCGCUCACAUUUAGCGACGACACCUCCAUCGUUGUCGUUAAAGGUUACAACGUAGACAAGAUCGGAUCUGGCUGCGGGAAGAAGAGCGACGACUCCAACGAAAUGAGAAUGCAAGCACUGGGCUCCAUAGACUCCGCGAUCCGUUUCGUGGUCUCCGGGUCGCCGAAUACAUGCGCGCAGGCGGCGAAAUCUACGGUCUUCGCCGCCGCGAAUUGUGCCCGUGGGCUCUCCGACCACGACUGCGAGCUCUGUCUCUAUAACGCCCAGUGGCGAGUGGUCGACGUCGAGUGCAAGCAUUUGUUCGGAGGCUGGCUCGUGCUUAAAGAUUGUUACGUGAGGUAUGACACCAGUACUACAUUUUGUCAUCAGUGAGGUUGUGAUCCGUCGUAUUUUGUUAUAUACGGAUCAUGGAAAGAAAAGCUGCUAAAGUUUCCUUGUUUCAUGGUGUCAAAACAUGUAAGGGGAAGAUCAUUCCGUUUUGUUAGGUUCUCAUAGAUUCCAAACUAAGGGAAAUGAGGUGAUAUACUGAUAUUUGUAUUGGAUAUGAGAAUGGAGUGGAGCACCUAAAACCUAUACUUGAACCAUAUAUACCCAAAAUUUUCUUUUCAUUUAUAUUAUGUUGAGCAGCUUUUUGCUUAUACUUCUUCCCGUUACAAGACUAUACAAUUAACACAUCGGUAAUACAAGAGAAUGGACACC